AUGUUGUUGCAUGUACAAAUCACACUAUCACAUUUUGGUAUGUGUACAAAAGAUUUUGGUGCCAAUGAAUCAUUCUCAAGAAAAAUGUUACGCACAACUAUGGAUGUUGAUUGUCCUUGGUGGAUGGAUUGGUUUCAUGGUGGCUUGCAAUUCCAAGCUGUACACCAUCUUUUUCCAAGAAUACCAAGACACAAUCUUAGAAAAUGUCAACCAUUGGUGAUGCAAUUUUGUCAAGAAGCCAACCUCCAAUAUCAUCUAUAUGGUUUUGUUAAAGGUAAUAGAUUAGUCCUUAGCGCACUUAGAGAUGUUGCCAAUCAAGUUAAAUUAUUAGGAAAAGUUGCAAAAUCGCAUGUUGAUAGACACAACAUGGUGAAAAAUGAAUAA